AUGUUGGAUAGAUGGCAUUUAUUGCUUGAUGAUGCUACUAUAUUAACAUCUUCAUCAGAAGUUUUUAAAAGUGAUAAUAGUAAUCAUGAUGAUUUAUUAUUAUUAAAUCAAAAACCAACAAUCCAUGAUGAUGGUGAUGGUGAUAAACAGAUUGAAGAUGAAUUAUGUGACGCAAUAUCACAAAUAUCUACUGUUGAUGAAAUACAUCCCGAAGCCAUUUAUACAAAUAGGUUCAUCCAUCAUAAUUACGUUUACACCAAUAGAGAUGAUUCUUCUUUUGGUGAAGAGCAUUAG